UCAUCAGAGACGGCAACUCAAGCAGAUGGGACGAAUGUACGCAGACCCGCAGAAAACUGGAGAAAAUGGUCACUGCGUCCCAAAUGAACUACAAACCAAGAAUUUGGCGGCCCGAGAGACCCAGAAGGCCAACCCUGGAACCUCGUCAAGGGAACUGGCUGUCCCUUACCUGGCUGUACUGUGCCUUCUGGCUUCUGCAGGCAACCUGUUACAGGCCAUCCACUUCGUGCAGAUGAACAGCAGCUUCCAAUCCUGGUCGGACUCCCAGAGGAAACAGGCUGGAGAGCUGUCACAGAAGUACAACACCCUGAACCUCACCUACUCCAGCCUCUUUCUGACAUUCCCUGAGCUGGAUAAGUACUGCGCUGUCACCAACGAGACAACCAAAGAACGGACCUGUAGGCACUGCCCAGACGGAUGGGAGCUUUUUGGUGAGAAGUGUUAUCUCUACUCCGCGGACCGGCAGGACUGGAAGACGAGUCAGUGCCACUGCAUGUCUGUGGGUGGCCACCUUGUGGUCAUCGGGAGUGAGGCGGAACAGGUGUACCUGUGGAAGAAGGCCAAGGCUUUGAGCCAGGGGGACUCUUACUGGAUCGGCCUGCAUGAGUCCAGCAGGGGGCGCUGGCAGUGGGUGGAUAAUACCUCCAUGGCAGACAGUGUACAGUUCUGGGGUUACCUGCGUGAGAGAGGGGACGCCGGGGAGCUCUGUGCUCGGCUGUCACCGAGCAACAACUACAAGAUGGAUUGGUACAGCGUCGUGUGUACAAGCGCCCUGAAGAGGGUCUGCGAGAGGAGAUCUGGGAGUCUGCUCUGAUGGAAGACUGGUCUGUUUUAGCACGAUCACAGGCGGGUGGAGGUUAGGCUCAAAGGGACAUGCAGUCUUACAUGAGCCGGUACCAAAAGUCGUUGUAGGACACGAGACUAUAUGAAUGUUAAUGCUCAUACGUUCUAUUCACAGAAUGGUCAUAUUCUAUGGUUUUGACAACACCGAUUAAUAAGCACCUAUUCAAAUGUUAAAUGAAACAUACUUCGUCAUUUUAGGAGCCUAGCAUGCGCACACUAAAGCACACGCAGUAGCAAGCCUUUGGUCACUACAGUCCAUCAGCUGAGCGGUGAGCCUCUUUACCUAACAUUUUA